AUGGCCUACCGAGGCGGAGGUGGACAGGGCCAUGGCCCCUCAGCUGCGCUGCACCCCGUCAUCCCCGGAAGUCUUUGCCCAUGUAGGACAGCUACCCACAACAUAUGCAUGGUGUCGGACUUUUUCUACCCGAACAUGGGAGGCGUGGAAAGCCACAUCUACCAGCUCUCUCAGUGCCUGAUUGAAAGAGGACACAAGGUCAUCAUUGUCACGCACGCUUACGGAAACCGGAAAGGCAUCCGUUACCUCACCAAAGGCCUCAAAGUCUAUUACUUGCCUCUGAAAGUCAUGUACAACCAGUCCACAGCCACCACCCUCUUCCACAGUCUGCCUCUGCUCAGGUACAUCUUCGUGCGAGAGAGAGUCACCAUAAUCCACUCUCAUAGUUCCUUUUCGGCCAUGGCCCAUGACGCCCUCUUCCACGCCAAGACCAUGGGGAUCCGUACAGUCUUCACGGACCAUUCCCUUUUUGGAUUUGCUGAUGUCAGCUCGGUGCUCACAAACAAGCUUCUAACUGUAUCUCUCUGUGACACGAACCACAUAAUCUGUGUGUCUUACACUAGUAAGGAAAACACUGUGCUCAGAGCAGCACUGAAUCCUGAAAUAGUGUCCGUCAUUCCUAAUGCGGUAGAUCCUACUGACUUCACUCCAGACCCGUUAAGGAGGCAUAAUACCAUAACUGUUGUUAUUGUCAGCAGACUUGUUUACAGAAAAGGCACCGAUUUGCUUAGUGGUAUAAUUCCUGAACUCUGUCAGAAAUACCAAGAUUUAAAUUUCAUCAUUGGAGGAGAGGGACCAAAGAGAAUAAUUUUGGAAGAAGUACGGGAAAGGUACCAGCUACAUGACAGAGUGCGUCUCUUGGGAGCCUUAGAACACAAGGAUGUUAGAAAUGUCUUAGUUCAAGGACAUAUUUUUCUUAACACUUCCCUUACUGAAGCGUUCUGCAUGGCCAUUGUGGAAGCAGCCAGUUGUGGUUUACAGAUUGUAAGUACCAGGGUUGGUGGAAUUCCUGAAGUACUUCCAGAAAAUCUUAUUAUUUUAUGCGAGCCUUCUGUAAAAUCCCUGUGUCAGGGAUUGGAAAAAGCUAUUUCCCAACUGAAGUCCGGAUUACUGCCAGAUCCAGAAAAAAUCCAUAACAUAGUCAAGACUUUCUACACCUGGAGGAAUGUCGCGGAGAGAACGGAAAAAGUGUACAAUCGCGUGGCAGGAGAAACGGUGCUACCCAUGGACAAGCGACUGGACAGACUCAUGUCUCGCUGCGGCCCAGUAACGGGCUGCAUUUUUGCCUUGUUGGCCGUAUUCAACUUCCUCUUCCUCUCUUUCCUGAGAUGGAUGACUCCAGAUUCUCUCAUUGACGUGGCCAUCGAUGCCACGGGGCCAAAGGGUGCCUGGACUAAAUAUCCUUACAGCAGGAAACAGGACAGGACCAAUGAAUUGUCCAAAACCAGGUAG